UCCCCAUGUUUAAAUGACAGACAAAAGGAAAAAAAAGUUUUGUUCUUUGCUCCCUGGUUGCCCAACAAAAAACGGAAACAUGAAGUUUUUGGAUCUUUUUGGGCGUUUAAAAUCCGUGGUUAUUGGAAUGAUUCAUGUGAAAGCUUUACCAGGCACCCCCCUUGGUUGCAUGAAAAUGUCCCAGAUCAUUGAAGAAGCGUGCAGGGAGGCAUCGAUAUACUGUGAUGCAGGGAUUGAUGGUGUGAUCAUUGAGAACAUGCAUGACAUCCCUUACUCGUUCUCUGUGGGUCCAGAGGUGUGUGCCUGUAUGACCGCAGUAUGCACAGCUGUGAGAGGCGUCUGUCCUCUCCUGCCGCUCGGAGUGCAAAUACUGUCCUCUGCCAACCAGCAGGCACUGGCCGUUGCUCUGGCUUCAGGUCUAGAUUUCAUCAGGGCCGAGGGUUUUGUCUUUUCUCACGUGGCUGAUGAGGGCCUCCUGAACGCCUGUGCUGGAGACUUACUGAGAUAUCGCAGACAGAUCGGAGCUGAGCACGUCCAGAUCUUCACUGACAUUAAAAAGAAGCACAGCUCCCAUGCCCUGACAUCAGACGUGAGCAUUGAAGAGACGGCUCGUGCCGCAGAGUUCUUCCUCUCAGACGGACUAGUCAUCACGGGAGCAGCCACUGGUGUGGAGGCUGAUCUGCGGGAGCUCAGAGAGGUUUCCCGGUCUGUGAGAAUCCCAGUGCUGAUAGGUUCUGGAGUGACCUAUGACAACGCAGAACGCUACCUUGAUGCAAAUGGAAUGAUCAUCGGUUCUCAUUUUAAGCAGGGCGGCCACUGGACAAACGCAGUCGACUCGGAGAGAGUGAAGAGGUUCAUGGAAAAGAUACGUGACCUUCGAAAAUGAAAAGGAUGGUUUUCUGUCAUCAGCACAGUGUCGUCCACUGGCAGGGUCGUUAAGUCUUAAAAAGCAUUAAUUUCCCUCAUAAAAGGCUUUAGAAGGUAUUAAAAUAAAUAUUCUAUCUUGCCUGCUGUAGACAAUAACAGUAGCAGUAAUUAUAAUUUAAUAUUUUAGCAAUAACUUUAAUUCAUUUGUUAAUCCCUCCAUCAAGUUUCUGUCAUUUAUCUGCAUCCAGGUCAUAUUUAUUGAUUCAUUCUAUUACUGGGAAUUAUUGUUAAAUAUAGGUGUACAGACAAAACUAUUAUAUAAAUUGCAAUAAAUUAAUGUAUUCAUCCAGG